AUGCGCAACCAUCACUUCCUGCUCGACCCGGCUUACACGCCCCUGAACCAUGGUUCUUUCGGUACAUAUCCCCGCUACGUCCUGCACGCCCUGCACUACUUCCAAUCGCUGUCCGAAUCCCGCCCUGACGCUUUCGUGCGGCAUCAGUACCCCAAACUCCUGGAUCGCAGCCGGGAAGUUGUUGCUAAGUUCCUAGGCCUAGGGACGGAGGGCACGGGAGAGGUGGUGCUCGUGCAGAAUGCGAGUGUGGCUGUUAACACUGUUUUGAGGAAUUUGCUUGGUGGGAGGGUAGAGAAUGGAGGGGGAGGGUUGGGGGAUGUGGUGCUCUACUUUAGUACGGUGUAUGCAGCUAUAGAGAAGUUGGUUGAAAGUCUGAGGGAGACUAAUGGGGUGGAGGGCGUGAAGGUCGAGGUGGAGUAUCCGAUUGAGGAUGGGGAGUUGAUUGAGAGGUUUAGAGAGACGAUUGGGAGGGUGAAAGGGGAGGGGAAGAGGCCCAGGGUUGCAGUGUUUGAUAGCGUGAGCUCCAUGCCGGGAUUUAGGAUGCCAUGGGAGAGGUUGGUACAGGUGUGUCGGGAGGAGGAUGUACUCAGCUUUGUCGAUGCUGCACACGGUAUCGGACAUAUCCCUCUGGAAAUCAAGGAGGCCCAGCCAGAUUUCUUGGUGACGAAUCUGCAUAAAUGGCUCUAUUGUCCCCGCCCCUGCGCCGCCUUCUACGUCCCCCUCCGAAACCAGCACCUCCUCCGCACCACGUACCCGACCUCCCACGGCUUCGUUCCCCUCGUCCCACCACCAUCUCCCCCCACCAACCCCAACCUUACCACCAUCGCCAAGAAGAAAAAAGGACAUCUUCAACCCACUUCCCCCUCCACCAAAACGCCCUUCCUCACCCUCUUCGAAUUCGUAGCCACCCAGGACGUCACGCCCUACCUCUGCGUCGAGGCCGCGCUUCAGUUCCGCAACGAGGUUUGCGGCGGCGAGGAGAGGAUUAGGGCGUAUUGUGUUGAUGUUGCUGCAAAGGGUGCGGAGAUUGCGAGGGAGAGGUGGGGGACGAGGGUUGUUUAUGGGAGUGGAGGACGGGAGGGGAGUGGGGGGAUGGUGAAUGUUGAGUUGCCUAUCGAUGUUGUUGUUGAUAGUUCUGGUGAGGGUGGGGAGGGUCAUGAUGGUGCUAGCACUGUGGCUAAUGGUGACAUUAAAGGUGACAGGGAGAGAGCAGCUAGGGCAGAGAUAACGGUGCAAGAAGCUGGAGUUGUGGCGAAUUGGAUGGCAGAGAAAUUGAUCGCAGAGUAUGAUACGUAUGCGGCAUUGUACUUUCAUGCUGGCAAGCUGUGGGUCAGGUUCUCUGGGCAGAUUUAUCUGGAGGUGGAGGAUAUGGAGCGAGGGGUUAAGGCGCUGAGCGAGCUGUGUGAGAGGGUGAAGAGUGGAGAGUGGAAGAAGCAGGGUCAUAGUGAGGGUCUGGAGGGAGGAGCGGUGAUGGGGGAGGAGUAG